CGGGCCUUACGGGUGAAAUUGAAAUAAACGUUGGUUUGAGCACUCUCCCUGACGAUUGUUUGCCGACCACCCAAUGCAUUUAGCCCCGGAUCACUAACAGUUGGUUAUAGUGCCAACGACACAUCUAUUUUCGCCAUGGGGGACCGCGUCGAGCUAGCGCUCCAGAUCACCCCGGAGACUCCGGGCAGGCCUUCAGUGAGAAACCCGUUCGAAAGCCCCAACGACUACCACCACCUCCGGGAGCCCCUGAUGCCGAGCCCUUCUGUCUUCAAGUCCAAGCCCUGUAAAGCGACUCCACCCAGGUUUAACUGGUCCAUCGAUGAGAUGGCCAGUCUUCUCCCAGUGCACAUAGACCAGGAGGACAUCCAACGGCAGUCCCUUUACCUCAGCCAGACGAGGAUGGAUUCUGACAUUGAGGAAAAGCGACAGAACGCGAUUGAACAGUUUUUCACCAAAGGAGCCAUCGUGCCCUCACCAUGGGCGGCACCCAACACCCGCAAAGGCCCUCAAAUGUAUAUGAAAAGUUCGAAGUCUCCAGUGAUUGCAGAGGAGCCGGAAAAGAUCUCAGUUUCGUGUCAGACGACACUCUCGUUACCCGUGGCUCUCGACCUGGAGAAAGUGCUGGGAGAUUAUUACCGCAACGACGAACCGUGCGACGGCGGCGUGCAGGAGAGCCUCAGCUCUUCCUCCCUGAGGCGAAAGCUCUUCCUCGACGGCCAGGGCGCCUACUGCGGCUCCGACAGCUCCAGCCCGCCGAGCCCAGAGAGGGGCCACGGCUGCGCGGCGGCGGAUAGGCUCUCGCUGCACCGGGAGGAGGGAGCUGCGGGACGGGUCGAGGGCGACGCGGCGUCCUCCAUCUUCUUCUCCCCUCUGUCCUGUGGCCUGUCGGCCGCGACUCCCUCCACGGGUCAGUUCUCGUCGAGUCCCAUCCAGCGAGGUCGCUUCCGGGACUGCAGCCUGGGCAGCAUCGCCAGCCCCCUGUUCCCUGAUAGGUCGUCUCCCGCUGGCCUCGUCUCGCCCACGAUCUCGCCGAUUGUCGCGCACGGCGCGCGCACGCCCAUCUGCUCAGCUGAGAAGAGGCAGCUGUGCAAUUUCACCCCACUGGGCGUUUCCCUGGACAAGAAUCUCACGCCUUGCAACGAGAGCCCGUUCGUCGAGGGCUGCUCGCCUAUCCGGAGCUGCUCCCCCCACCAGCUCCACGGCGCCGGCGAGCCCCAGCACAACGGGCGCCCCAGGCCCCGGCACAGAGGCCGCUGCCUGGCCUCGCCUCCCCUCAUCUCGCCGAUCCUCGACCCCAAGCUUCAAGACCCCCGCGAGGCCGAGCACCAACUCCCCUUCUCCUCGCCGCCGUCCGCCGCCUCCUCCUCCUCGUCUCUCCCCCUAAUGGAGCUGGAUCCCUCGCCCCCCCAGAGCGGCGACGCACACCAAGGGAGGGACCCCACGGAGCCGGUGAAAAUGGACGAGGGCAAGGAGCCAGAAGGGAGUUCGGGGGACGAAGAGGAGGAGGAGGGCGGCGGUGGCGCUGCGCUUUCGGGGCGGCUGACCAGCUCUCGUAUGGGCAACGUGUCGGCGGCAGAGGGCUCGCGCAUGUUUGCGUCUCUCCUGGCAGAGGGAAGCAGCAUACGCUACGAUUCCAGCAUGCAGGUGGACAGCGGUUACAACACUACCUCAGCGGGCGCGGCCAGCCUCAUCGACGCCCCGGGCGCCGACUGCCACGGCAAAGAGUCCUUCAGUUCGAACCCGGCAGAAGAAGCCUUUCAGCUCACUCGACAGGCCAAAGUAAAGGUAUUUUAUCCUCACCACUGAGCCACCUCGGACGCGUUUUAAAGAGACGCCUCCUCCAGUGGAAGCGCGGCAUGAUUCAUUUGCAAUCAAAUACAACCAAGUUUACACUACGUUUUGAAGCGUUUAUGUUGCAUAGGUUCGAUUGGGGUGAUUUGUGUGACUUUGAACUCAGGAGUUUCACACCUGGUUAUUUGUAUUUUUACGGUGUAAAGUUCACAAUUGCUCAACCAUAGUGUUUGAUCACAGGUUGGUAGGGAGAAGGCUAACUCGAUAUUGCAGUUCCAGUGUAAGACUUUGCAGCAAUGAGUACAAGUCGGCAGUUCUUUUGCACAGAGGGCUGUUCACUGUGAUAAAGGGGGGGGAAAAAAAGUCACGUCUGUAUCAAAUUUGCACAACAGUAAGCUCCUUGAAUGCUGUAUUGACCUCAUCAUUUCACUUGUAUUUGUUGCUGAUGCGAUCGAGCUCCAAGAUCCAGUUUUUCAGAUGAAAUCAGAUUUGAACUGUAUCUUUUUAUAAAACAGUUUAUCAUUUUUUUUAUGAUUUUCUUUUAUUGAUCUAAGAACUAUUAAUACAGGUUACAUGUGCAUCUUAUAUGGAUAUUUAUUCCCUGGAUAAUGCCACUAGAGAACGAAAAGCUGAUUGAGCUGUUUUUUUAAUUAUAUACUUGAAGCACUGGCUGAAUCGUUAUUGCAUUAAAUGAACUUGAAUAC